CGCUGCCGGUAUUCUCUCUCAUUUUAUUUUAAAGUAAAAGUUCGAAGUCGGCUUAACACUAGUCUUAUCAAUGAAUUAAUACCAAGAAUUACUCAAGCUUGAAGUGAAGCAACAAAUAUGCAGAAAUUCCAAAGCAAAACUAUCAAACCAGAGCUUCGAUCUGUGCUCCUCGUCGCUCUCCUUGCUGUCUGCGGUUUGGGUGUGGCACAAGCGUCGCUGGUGCCACCAAACAGUCAACAAAUAUUCAAGCUGCAGAAUACGGUGAGCCUCAAGGGAUUGAGCGGGGGAGCAGCCAAUGCGGAGGAGACGCGCUACACCUUUGAGACGGAACUGAAAAUCAAUUCGGUAUGGAGCCAGGGCGAAGAUCAGCUGCUGGAGGUGUCCUUCAGCGGCAGUCGCGUGAGUGCACCCGGCCUGGAUCAUCAGAUAGAGCGUACGAUUAGCCAGAUACCCGACAGACCCUUCUACAUCAGCUUGGUCGAGGGGCAGCCGCAUCAGGUGUUGGCCCACACGGGUCGGGAUCAGUCCCUGCUGAAUCUCGAGCGUGGCAUUGCCUCGCUUCUGCAGCUACGACUCGAUGGUAGCGAGGAACUCGAUGUCUCAGGCCAAUGUCGCGUCGCUUACAACGUAAAAUCCUCAACGCGCGUGGAGAAAGGCAAGAAUGAGUGUGCUCUCUGGGAUCUGCGUGUAAACUACCAUCCGGAGGAGGCAUUGGGAGUGUCCCAGCACUCCCAGGAGCACGUCAACUACGAUCUGUCCGCCGAGGGUGCUCUGCUCCGGGCAGAGUCUGUGGAGACGCACCGUCUGACGCUGGCAGCCAAGCCAGAUGUUGGGAGCACUGUGCAAAGCAUUCUGCUCCUCCAGCAUGCAUCGCAGGGCACGGAGGAGGUGCAGCAGCUGGCCGUAACCAGCUUGGAGGGGGCCAUCGAGAGCCUGUUGGAGUGGUAUCGCGUGUUCCAGCUGGAGGCGGAUGUGGACAGCAGCAUAAGUGAGCUUCAACAGCAAAAUCUGGAAAAACUGCUGGCACAGUCGGAAGAUCAGCUGCAAGCCGAGAACGUGGGCAAAUCCUCGCUGGCCUUGCUGUACGCUCAGCUGCUGCCUGUGGCACGCCUCACCAAGCAGCCGCAGUUUGAAAAGCUGCUCGAAAAGCACACGAAAUUGCUCCCCCAAUUGGUGGACCUGCUGGGAGCAGUUCAAACCUUCGAUGCACACAAUGCCACCUUCAGUCAUUUCUACAGCGAUGCAGCGACCACCGCGGAGCAAUUGGAACUGCUGGAAAAGUAUCUGCAAUCGCUGGCAGUGGCCACACAUCCAGAGAGGAGAAUCGUCGAGCAUUUGUAUGGACUGCUGACGGUGGAUGCCACCAACAAGCAGCCGGCGCUGAGGGAAAGCAUCAUCCAAACGCUGGCCACGCUGACGCGACAGAGCGGCUUCGAUGGCAACGAUCUGCUGCUGCAGCAGGUGCGCGCGUUCCUGCUGGAGGGACUUGGAUCUAAGCAGCCCGCUUUGUACAUACGCGCCUUGCAGAAUCUCCAGGAUGUGGCCACCAUUGAGGCGUUGCUGGAGCAGGCACAGACACGGCAGGAGCCCAAUCUAUCGGUGGCCGCUUUGCAGGCCCUGGAAGCCUUCCCACCGCGUAACUUUAAUAGCUCGCAUCGCGAACAGUUUGAAAACAUCUUCUAUCAGCGACGACGACGAUUCGAUAGCUCUGCCCGCACCUUGGCUUUGGAUGUGCUGCUGUCUCUGCGACCCACGACGGAGCAGCUGGGCCACAUUCUGGACUAUUUAUCCUCCACUGACAGACAGUUUGAGAUUAAAACGUAUGUGCUGCAGAAGUUGCGCAUGCUGGCCGAGAUCUGUCCACGUUUUAGGGGAUUGCUCAGGUCGGAGCUGGCCAAGCGCUCGAAGGUCAACAACUACCACGUUAUGGGACAAAAGGGCCUCACCACUGUGCUCAGCCGGCAGCUCUCGCAGUCGCCCGCCUUCAACGAAUCGCUGCUGAGCACCCAGGAGGUGCAGCAGGGCAUACUGAAGCGUGGCUCAGUGGAGUUUGUGCUUCAGGCUGGCCAUGCCCAGGCGAGCAGCUUCAAGCUGGGCAUCUACACCGCCGGCUUGGGUGCUGUGGUGGGCGAUGGUGAUGCUAGCGAUGAUAGCGAUCACAUACCCGCCGACGAUGAACUGGACAGCGGGGAGAGCGUCACCGCUGGCAUGGAGAUCAGUGUGCAGGGCUCUCAGCUGCGUCCACUGAUCUUUUUCAGCGGCCAAACCGAGCUAAUGGGUCAUGUGUGGGGCGGCACGGCUUCGGAGUCGACGCCAGCAUAUCAGGCCACCACUCUGGCGCAGGAUCAUGAGCAUUACAUUGUCCUGGCAUCGGGUGCGAGCCUACAUUGGCGUGUGCUCGGCGCCCGCAGCGUGGAUCUUAACGGGAAGGUGGGAUUCAGCUUGUGGAAUCGCAAUGCACAGACGGAGAUACAGCAAAACACGGGCAGCGCUGUUCUGGGACAUAUAGCUGUGGGCUUCACCUAUGCGAAACUUGUGCAGGAUUUCACUUUGAGGCACGAACCAAAACUGAGUCUGCAGGCAGAUUUGGACUUUUACAGCGGCAUCAAGCUGUGCAUGCAACUGCAGCGUCCCGAACAGCUACUCACGCAAACCAGCACUCGUUCGGUGUUCCUGCAGGAAGUGGAGCGUUCUUAUGCGAAACAUGUCCACUCCACAAUCAACCAUCGGACGCCCGGCUGCACAUUUGCCCUCAAUCAGAAGAAUAAUGAAAUGUGCAAUCUGAUAUUUAGCGAUUAGUAGACUAAAAAAACC